GGGCCGAGGGAUGAGCGGGGGCCCUCCUUCCCAAUGGCAUCUAUCCCCGGUCUGGAACUGAAGACACUGCGCAAUGGCCCCCAGAUCCCAAGGAGACCGGCUCCUCUGGGCCCGGCGGCCCCACCCAGGGAGGGUGUGGAGAAUGCCUGCUUUUCCUCAGAGGAGCAGGAGACCCAUUUCCAGAACCCUGGGGACACCAGACUGGGCAGCUCCCCCAGCCCUCCUGGGGGUGUCCCCUCCAGACCCCGAUCCCAGCGGGACGAUCUAUCCCUGCACUCCGAAGAGGGGCCAGUCCUGGAGCCCGUGAGCCACCCGGUGGAUUAUGGCUUUGUUUCCGCUCUGGUUUUUCUGGUGAGUGGGAUCCUCCUGGUGGUGACGGCGUACGCCAUCCCCCGUGAGGCCCGCGUCAACCCCGACACGGUGACAGCGCGGGAGAUGGAGCGACUGGAGAUGUACUAUGCCCGCCUGGGCUCCCACCUAGACAAGUGCAUCAUCGCGGGCCUGGGGCUGCUCACCGUGGGGGGCAUGCUCUUGUCGGUGCUGCUGAUGGUGUCCCUGUGCAAGGGCGAGCUGUACCGGCGGCCCACCUUCGUCACUGGGAGAGGCUCCAGGAAGACCUACGGCUCCAUUAACCUGCGCAUGAGACAGCUCAAUGGGGACGGGGGCCAGGCUCUGGUGGAGAACGAAGUCGUCCAGGUCUCGGAGCUCAGUCACGCCCUCCAGGGGUCUUAAGAAAGCGCUCACCCUCUCUGGCUGCUUCAGCUUCAGGGCCACAAGGCUGCCGAAAGCCUGGGGUUGCAGACUGAGCUCCACGGAGGGUCCUGCGGAAGCAGUCUUGGGUGCUGGAGGGGAGUCCGGGGCCGGGCCCAGGCUGCACGUGGGAGAGCAGCCCCUCUGAUCUGUUUGCAGCUUGAGGUUUUGCAUUAAGGUUUGUUCGGAGGAGGGCUUCUGCAGCUAAAAAUACAAAAGUUUGGAAACGCUGCCCUUGGAAGAUGAGGUUUCUUGGCAUUUCCGAGGAUUGAGAGCCCUUUGAAAGGCUGCCCAUCCUGUUCCUCAUUGCCUUGGGGAAUUCCCGGAGCCCCGCUGUCCUCAUCAGCCAAGUGUGGGUGCCAGGCGACCUUGGAGGGCCCCCCCUUUUCAGCCCUGACCGUCUGUUGGGAGGUGGCUUCCCGAGGAGAGGAGAAUCCAACACCAAGCUGACCAUCCCCUCUCCGGGCCUCGGUCCCCCUGACUGUGAAAUGAGAGGGUUGGGCUGCAUGAUUCCUGGGGCCCCUCCAGUUCUGCCCUGGGAAUGGGAGCCCAGUAGAUAUCUGCCUCUGGCCACCCCUACAGGGACGGAGGGGGUCCGGCAGCUGCUCCCCAUCCUCUCGGGCCGUGUUCUGGCCCAGCUUUGGUGGCCACCGUUGUCGGACAUCCAGCCGCUCGCAGGGGCCCGAGUGCCCUGGUUACGCCGGGUUGGAGUCCAAAGUUUGCGACAGCCCGAUUUUGGUCUUGGGAUCGAAUGACCUGCAGCGACCACAUCGUAGCACACACUUCACAAGGUCAAGUGCACCCCUGGACAAGAGGGGCCUCUCCUACAAGAAAAGGGUGAGGGCUUUGUUGUAUUUCCGCGGACAUGAUGUGGCCUUCCGUCACCUCCCUCUUCUCAAUAUCACGCCUCUGGCCCCGACCUUAUCCU